AUGGAAACCGAACUCAAUCUGGAGAACCUUCUGGAGGACCACCCGCUGUAUUGGGUGAACGCUCUGCGUGGGCGGGUCACCAAGCGGCUCAUGGUGAAGCUGCAGGCCACCCUUCUCGCGCAGGGCAACGCGUUCCUCGAUCAGUUCAUCAAAUACAACGGCAUCAGCUGCCUGCUCGACGUACACGAAGAUCUCUUCUGGCGGACGUUCGAGCCAAAGGACAAGCACAAGGAGCACGCCAUCGAUUUACACGAAGCCAAGGAAGCCUUCCUGGAGUGCACAGCAUGUCUGUUGCCACUGCUGCGUCGACCGAUGGGUCUCAAGGCCUUCACCGAGGGCAGCAAGAAGACGCUGCACCAACAGAUCGUGCUGCUCGCGACAUCUCUGGCCAAUCCGGAAGUGCGCAAGGUGUGCCUCUGGGCCAUCCACAUGAUCGUGUCGCACUGCCCGAUCUCCCGCAUGGGCGACUUGACUUCCGCAUUCCACGAGGGCCUGGUCUCUCUGCAGCCGCUCAUGGCCGAACCGAGCAUAUUCGCCACUUCGCUGCGCAUCAUUGCUGAGGCCGAGAGCACCGGCGACCUGGAGUCGACGGUCCACGCGCUCUACCUGCUGAACGUCUCCGUGGAGGGCGUGGGUGAUGAUCCUCACGAGUCCAAGCACCUGAAGACCCGGGAGCGGAUGCGCACGGCCUUUGAGAGUGCCGGCUUGCCGGCUCUGCUGGACAAGCUUCAGCACAAGGUUCAGCCAAAUAAUCGCUCGGCACUUGCACCGCGUCGCACUGAGAGAUUCGGAAAUGGAACGACGGGAAGGCCAGGGACGAGGCUCUGCUGCGGGAGAAGACGAGUCGCAAGGAGCACCGACUGCUACUUCGACAGCCGGUCAGUGAGUCGGAGGAGGACAACAACAUGUACGAGACCGCCGACGUCGCGGUGCCUCCGCCGAGGGGCGGCGCCAAGGUGCCGGACGCCGGUUACCUCCACCAAGACACCGCCACCAGCGCGCCAGCGGCGAGGCCGGGGAAACAGAACGACGGCUACAUGGGCUCGGAGGAGCAGGCCCGGCUGGGACAGAACCCUGUUGUCGAAACCGACGCCGACAAUCUCUACGCCGAUGAGGAGGAUCUCGCCGAUCUCAUUCGCACCACCAAGGGAAAUGCGCCGGCAGCGACAUCGCCAAUCUCGACGGUCGACAUUGGUGCGGCCAGCAAUGGCGACGGCUACCUCGAGGCCGCGGAGGAGACGCCGCCGGUACCUGACGCCGCGGAAGACAGCAAGGACAUGCUCGACUUCCUGUACCAGUCGGCCCAGACCGAGUCCUUCACGCCCGAGACGAGCGACGGUUCGGCGGCGACAGGCGGCGAAGGCGAGCUGUACCGCUUCAUGA